GGCUUCCACUCCGCAGCCCCUCAGCUGCGCUUCCUUCGUUGUCAGCUAGCUGCUCUUGAUCGUCUAAUCUCUUAAGUUUACUCUCUCUCCGAAAGGCUCUGGGACAAGAUUCCGGUUGACACCAUGGCGGAUCCUAUCAACCCUCCUCUUUCGUACGAGGCAUCCGCCUCGACCUGCCACCCGCAUGUCGCAAGCACGUUGCCUGCGGAGGUGGUUUCCAGCCUCAAGAACUCGCGCUUUCUGCAUCUUGCGACAACUGACGGCAUGACCCCGCACAUCUCGCUCAUGUCAUACACCUACCUGCCCUCCACUCCCUUCGACCCAUACCCUACGAUUAUCAUGACCACCAACACUUCGUCUCGCAAGACCAACCACCUUCUGACGAAUCCACGAGUCUCGCUUCUGGUCCACGACUGGGUCUCCCACCGGCCCCCUACCCGCGCACCUCACCCCGGAGGUGACCGGGAGGGAUCUCCGCCGCCCGCGGCCACUCGGUCAUCCUUGGCCAGCCUGCUGCUGAACCUGAACACGAGCGCACUGUCGAGCAUUUCCACGACCAUUGCCGGAACUGCUCGGGUUCUGGAACCGGGCUCUGAGGAGGAAGAGUGGUGCAAGACACAGCACCUGGAGAACAACACCUUUGAAGAGGAGAUCGGCACGUUCGGUCAGCAGCUGCAACAGCAGCCGGGCGCAAGACGGCCUAGCAUCUCCAUCGACACUGACGUGCGGGUGGUUACUGUACAGGUGCGCGAGGGACGGAUUGCGGAUUGGAAGGGAGGGGUGCGCGAUUGGCAGCUGGUUCGGGAGGAUGAAUCGCAAGAGGCUUUGGUCAACGGAGUUUCGCCUGCAUAGUGGUUCAAUAAUCACCGACUACAGCUGUUUUCUUCGUCUGGUUUGUCCAGGGAUUGAUUCUGUUCAUACGAAUGGUAUGGGGGCAUGUCCAAAAGCCGAGUGCCUGCUUCUGUGUAUUAUAUCGAAUUCUGCACAAACAUGUUUAUAUAACACGGU